GAACUAAUAGUGAGAAAGGAAGCGGGGGAGAGACUAGGAAGAGACGCAACCAACCUUAUUAACGAAAGCUCAGUUUUGUCCCUGCGGACCCAGCCAGCAGAAGGGACUGGAGAGCUUGGCUCUCUGCCAGGGAGGUCGGGCUCCCUGCAAGCAGUUGCAGGCAUCCUUGAUCAUGCCCUUCUCCCAGGGAGCCCUGAGCUUGGCAAUCGGGAAGUUUUCAAAGCCGCAGAAGCUGCAGCCCCGGAGAAGACCAGCAAAGACAGUGGAGUGUGAUUAAAAAAGCACUUGGGAGGCACAUUAAUCUUGCCGGGCGUUGUCAGGAGUGAUCAGCGAGUUUUAUUAAAAGCUCUGGGACUGCCUGAAAGACCUCCUUGUCUGAGUUUGAAAUGAAAGGGACGUGUUAAGAUCUUGGGGCACAUUGUCGGGACCCAUUGCCCUGCCCCUUGGACUAUGAGCUGACACCCCCGGAGAAAGCACAGAAGCCCUCCUUUGUGGAAGGGAUUGCACUGGUGGAUGGAAACGAGUUGGCCCCUGUCGGCAUGAGCUGUCUAAGCUGGGGUGGGCUCAGUGCCCUGCUGCUGCUGCUGAGGCUGCUCCCAGGCUGGGCCAGCCCCUCCCUCAUCCGUGUUAACCGAGGGGUCAGGGUGAUGAAGGGCAGCUCCGCCUUCCUGUCUCAGGAUGACCUGAAGUUCGCCAUCCCCAAAGAGAAAGAUGCCUGCAAAGUGGAAGUUGUGAUGAAUGAGCCAAUAACCCAGAGGGUUGGGAAACUCACUCCACAGGUCUUUGACUGUCAUUUCCUUCCCAAUGAAGUAAAGUAUACUCACAACGGUUGCCCAAUUCUUGAUGAAGACACAGUGAAGCUUAGACUUUACAGAUUGACUGAGACAGACACCUUCACGGAAACCUUUAUCCUGCGGGUCUAUCUCCUGGAACCAGACUGUAACAUCAUCCGUAUGAGUGACAAUGUACUGGAGGUGUCUGAAUUCUAUGGCUUGUCCCGGGCCAUUGAUAAAAACCUGCUCAGAUUUGAUUAUGAGAGGACGGCUAGUCUGGAGUGUACAGUCAGGCUGGACCCUGUGGGAACUCGGCUGCCAGCCCAUGGCCAGCUGGUUCUGGUGGAGCCCCGGCCGGAAGAACCUCGUGGAGACCAGCCACACAGUUUUUUCCCUGAGUCUCAACUGGGAACAGAACUGAAGUGUCCAGGUGGCAGAUGUCCCCUGGGACUGAAGAAGAUAGGAAGUCUCAAAGUGAGCUGUGAGGAGUUCUUGCUGUCGGGGCUUCGAUAUCAACAUCUGAGUCCUCCUUCUCCGCACAUUGAUUACAUCUCCAUCCGACUGGACCUCACAGAUAGCAGGAGUAAAAUCAUAUACAAGUCAGAGAGUGUGUGGUUACCCGUCUAUAUCAGAGCUGGCAUUCCUAAUCAGAUUCCAAGGGCUGCAUUCAUGGCCAUGUCUAUUCUGGAAGUGGAUCAGUUCAUCCUGACCUCUUUGACUACAUCAGUUCUGGACUGUGAAGAGGAUGAGACCCCCAAACCCUUGCUGGUGUUCAACGUUACUAAAGCCCCGCUCCAAGGCUAUGUGACUCACCUGUGGGAUCACACCAGACCGGUGUCCUCCUUCACCUGGAAAGAUCUAAGCGACAUGCAAAUUGCCUAUCAGCCACCAAACAGCAGCCAUUCUGAGAGGAGACAUUAUGAGGUGGAGUUGGAAGUAUAUGACUUCUUCUUUGAAAGGAGUGCACCUAUUACAGUCCACAUCUCCAUCAGAACAGCAGACACAAAUGCCCCGAGAGUGUCCUGGAACACAGGUCUGAAUCUCCUAGAGGGACAGUCUCGGGCCAUCACCUGGGAACAGUUUCAGAUUGUUGACAAUAAUGACAUUCAUGCUGUCCAGGUAGUCAUCGUGGGUGGCCUGCAGCAUGGACGGCUUACUCUGAGAGGGGAGAAGGGGUUUCUCUUCACCGUGGCUGACCUUCAGGCUGGAGUCGUUCAAUAUCAUCAUGACGACAGUGACUCCACCAAAGACUUUGUGGUCUUCAGGAUAUUCGACGGCCAACACAGCAUCCGACAUAAGUUUCCCAUCAACAUCUUGCCCAAAGAUGAUAGUCCACCGUUCCUCAUAACCAAUGUUGUGAUUGAACUGGAGGAGGGACAGACCAUACUGAUCCAGGGUUCCAAGCUGAGAGCUUCAGACAUGGACUCCAGUGAUGACUACAUCUUCUUUAAUAUCACGAAACCCCCGCAGGCUGGAGAGAUCAUGAAGAAGCCAGCACCAGGACUGAUAGGCUAUCCUGUCCCUGGCUUCCUUCAGAUGGAUCUGUUCAAUGGCAUCAUUUACUAUCGUCAUUUUGGUGGAGAAAUCUUUGAAGAUUCAUUUGAAUUUGUCCUGUGGGACAGCCACGAACCUCCAAAUCUCUCAGAGCCACAGGUGGUGACAAUCCAUAUCACUCCAGUAGAUGACCAGCUUCCGAAAGAGGCUCCUGGAGUUUCUCGGCAUUUGGUUGUCAAGGAAACAGAGGUGGCCUGUAUCACUAAGAAACAUCUACGUUUUGUAGAUACAGAAUCAUAUGACAGGGAGCUGCUCUACACAGUAACCACUCCUCCAUUUUUCUCCUCUAGCCGCAGGCACUUGGAUGCUGGGAAAUUAUUCAUGGUAGACAGCAUACCAAGGCUAACCAAAAACCCUGCAGCUCCAGAGCUGAAGUCAUUCACUCAGCAUGCUGUGAACUAUAUGAAAGUGGCCUACAUGCCACCCAUGCAAGAUAUAGGCCCCCAUCCCCGACACGUCCAGUUUGCCUUUUCCGUCAGUAACCAGCACGGUGGCACUUUGUUCGGGAUCUGCUUUAACAUCACGAUUCUUCCGGUGGACAAUCAGGCCCCUGAGGUAUUUACCAACCCUCUGAGAGUGGCUGAGGGAAGUCAGUGUGUCAUCAGCGCAGAGCACAUCCUGGUUUCUGACGUGGACACCAAACUGGACAACAUCCACCUCUCCCUGCAGAGACAGCCUCAGCACGGAAGGGUGGAGCUGAAUGGAUUUCCUCUAAACACAGGGGCCAUAUUUUCUUGGGGAGACCUCCAGGCCUUAAAAGUUAGGUAUCAGCAUGAUGGAUCUGAGAUACUUCAGGAUGACAUACUACUGGAGGUCACAGAUGGCAUAAAUGCAGCAGAAUGUGUGCUAUACAUUGAGGUUUUCCCUGUAAAUGAUGAGCCACCGGUCCUAAAGGCAGACCUCAUUCCCAUGAUGCAUUGCUCAGAGGGUGAAGAGGUGGUCAUUACCUCUGAAUACAUUUUUGCUACUGAUGUGGACAGUGAUGAUAUGAAACUGAUGUUCAUGAUUGUUCGAGAACCUCAGCAUGGGACAGUGAGGAAAGCUGGGGUCACAGUGCAUCAGUUUUCUCAGGGAGAUGUUAUGGCAGGGGCUGUGACGUACAAACACACAGGUGGUGAGAUUGGCCUGGUGCCUUGUUUUGACACCAUUACGUUGGUAGUUUCGGACACGGAAGCUGGCCCUUUUGUGAAUGGACCUCAUCCAUCUGUUCCUCUUCGUGAGUCCUUUCCAGUGUAUGAUCUCAACAUCACAGUGUAUCCGGUGGACAACCAAUCACCUUCAAUUGCAAUAGGUACCAUGUUCUUUGUAGAUGAGGGUUUCUCAGCAGCCCUUACUAUUAACCAUUUGUCUGCCACUGACCCCGACACUGCAGCAGAUGACUUGGAAUUUGUUUUGGUUUCUCCUCCCCAGUUCGGCUACCUUGAAAACACACUACCUUCUGCAGGUUUUGAAAAAAGCAAUAUGGGCAUCAGCAUAGCUUCGUUUCAGUGGAAAGACAUGAAGGCUUUACACAUUAACUAUGUGCAGUCCAGGCAUCUGAGGAUGGAACCAACAGCCGACCGGUUCAUGGUGUAUGUCACUGAUGGGAAACGACGCUCCUUGGAGAUACCAUUUUACAUUAUAAUCAACCCCACAAAUGAUGAAGCUCCUGAUUUUAUAGUGCGGAAUAUUACUGUGUGUGAGGGUCAGAUGAGAGAGCUGGAUUCUUCCAUCAUUAAUGCUGUUGACCGGGACAUUCCCAAGGACGCCUUGCUGUUCAGCGUCACUCACAAACCACGUCAUGGCCUCCUCAUCAACGGGGUGUUUAGCAAAGACUUUCCUCAGUAUAAGCAAUCACCCAACCUUGGCCAGAAGCAUGAACUUGUUUACAACUUUUCCAUGGAACUUCUCAAGAAUGGAAUGAGGUUGAUGUAUUUGCAUGAUGACUCAGAGAGCCUUGCUGAUGACUUUACAAUCCAGUUGUCGGAUGGGAAACAUAAGAUACUUAAAACCAUUUCUGUAGAGGUCACCCCAGUUAAUGAUGAGAAACCAGUGCUGAGCAAGAAAGCUGAAAUUACAGUGAAUAUGGGUGAAACUCGUAUUAUUUCUAGUGCAGUUCUCUCAGCCAUAGAUGAAGACUCACCCAGGGAGAAGAUUUACUACUUAUUUGAAAGACUUCCCCAAAAUGGGCAACUUCAGCUUAAGAUAGGGAGGGACUGGGUCCCUCUCCACCCUGGCAUGAAAUGCACUCAGGAAGAAGUGGAUCUGAACUUGCUGAGAUACACACACACCGGCGCAAUGGAUUCCCAGAACCGAGACAGCUUCACCUUCUACCUCUGGGACGGUGACAAUAGGUCCCCUGCAUUUGACUGUCACAUCACCAUAAAGGAUAUGGGAAAAGGUGAUAUUGUCAUCCGGGCAAAACCACUUUUGGUGUCUAAAGGUGACAGAGGUUUCCUGAUGACCACCACCCUCCUUGCUGUGGACGGAACAGACAAGCCUGAGGAACUUCUCUACGUCAUCACCUCCCCACCGCGAUACGGCCAGGUCGAAUACGUCCACUAUCCUGGGGUCCCCAUUACAAGCUUCAGCCAAAUGGACAUAGCAGGACAGACAGUCUGCUACAUACAUAAGAGCACGGCAGCUGCCCACAGAGACACGUUCAGAUUCAUCGUGAGCAAUGGACUGCAGACCAAGCCCGGGGUGUUUGAGAUCACACUGGAGACUCUGGACACAGCCUUACCCGUGGUGACCAGGAACAAGGGGCUGAGACUGGCUGAAGGGGCCACGGGCUUCCUCUCCCCUGACCUCCUUCAGCUGACCGACCCUGACACUCCAGCGGAGAACCUCACCUUCCUUUUGGCCCAGCUUCCACGACACGGCCAGCUCUACCUGCGGGGGACAGUGCCGCUUUCACACGGUUUCACUCAGCUGGACGUGGACAGCGGGCAUGUGACCUACAGACACUCGGGAGGGCACUCUCGCACAGACCGCUUUACUUUUGUGGCCACGGACGGGACAAACCAAGGCUUUCUUGUGGAUGGGAGAAGGUGGCAAGAACCUGUUUCAUUCACCAUCCAGGUGGACCAGGUGGACAAAGCAGCCCCCCACAUCACACAUUUGCAUUCCCCUUCUCAAGUGGGGAUCCUGAAAAGUGGUUGUUAUGGGAUUUACAUCACUUCCCACGUGUUGAAGGCAUCGGACCCCGACACUGAUGACAAUCAGAUCAUCUUUAAGAUUUUACGAGGCCCCCAACAUGGACAUCUGGAGAAUACAACAACAGGUGAAUUUAUCCAUGAGAAAUUUAGCCAAAAGGACUUAAACAGUAAGACCGUUCUUUACGUCAUAAACCCAUCUUUGGAAGUAAAUUCAGAUACCAUGGAAUUUCAAGUCAUGGACCCCGCAGGGAACUCUGCCACUCCUCAAAUCUUGGAACUGAAGUGGUCUCGUAUCGAGUGGUCACAGACUGAAUAUGAGGUCUGUGAGAAUGUGGGCGUAUUGCCCUUGGAAAUUACCAGAAAGGGAUAUUCCAUGGACUCGGCCUUUGUGAGUGUAAAGGUCAACCAAGUGUCAGCUACAGUUGGAAAGGAUUUCACUAUGACUCCAUCUAAGCUGAUUCAGUUUGACCCAGGAAUGUCAACUAAGAUGUGGAAUAUAGCAAUUACCUAUGACGGAUUAGAGGAAGUUGAUGAGGUCUUUGAAGUAAUUCUGAACUCCCCCGUGAAUGCGGUUCUUGGCACAAAGACAAAAACUGCAGUGAAAAUUUUGGACUCAAAAGGAGGACAGUGCCAUCCUACAUAUGCCUUCGAUGCAAACAUGCCCAACGCACGGGAGAAGGGCAUUUGGAGCCUGCUCUCCCCAGGGACUUCCUCACGCACCACUCCUGGUUCCUUUCAUCCGGAAAGAAGACCCCUUCCAUCUUCCAAGCAGCUAGCAGUCGCCAGGGGAGACACCCUGCGGGACUUUGAUUCUGAAGAUCUUUCUCGAAUGAAGCUUAGGACCCAAGGGAAUGGCAAAAGAGUCCAUCCAUCCUCUGUUUAUAGAAAUGGAACAGACAUCAUCUACAAUUAUCAUGGAAUGAUUUCCCUGAAACUGGAGGAGGACAGUUCCUCAACUCACAAAAGGAAGGCCAAAGUAUCCAUUGUUAGUCAGCCGCAAAAGACAAUCAAAGUGGCAGAACUGCCUCAAGCAGAUAAGGAGGAAUCCACAACCGGCUCACACUUCCCCCAACAGGACCGGUUGCCCUCAUUUCCAAAGAACUGCACACUGGAAUUAAAGGGACUCUUCCACUUUGAAGAAAGCCUCCAAAAGCUGUAUAAGUGCAAUGGAAUUGCCUGGAAAUCUUGGAGCCCUCACACCAAGGUGGAAGAUGAAUCAUGCCCAGCUGGGUGGCACCAUCACUUAGGCUACUGCCACUCCUUGAUCACAGAGCAGAAGGGCACCUGGAUCAUAGCCGCCCAAGCUUGCAGGGAACAUCACCUGGGCAGCCUUGUAACUGUCCUCUCCAGGCAGCAUAUGCAAUGGCUUUGGGACAUCAGUGGAAGAAAGCCCUUUUGGAUAGGUUUGAAUGACCAAGUGCGUGCUGGCCACUGGGAGUGGAUUGGCGGUGAACCUGUGACCUUCACCAACUGGAGGAGAGGGCCUCCUCAACGUUCAAAGCCUGGCAAGAACUGUGUUUUGGUUCAAAGACAAGGAAAAUGGCAAACAAAGGACUGUAAGAAGGGCAAAUCUCACAAUUAUAUGUGCUCCAGGAAACUCUAAAUGUAACUGGCCCUACAGGUGCCCACUUGGGAUUUCUUACCUAUUUAUUUCCAGGAUUUGUGCACAUGGCUCAAUAGAAAACAGGGUGUCAUGACUGACUUGGUACAUUUUUUUUUUUUAUCAUAGUGUUUGAAGGAUUCUAUCUAGUAAAGAAGAAACACAGUUAAAUAGUUCCAGGAAGAUUGAUAAAUGACUGUUUUUUAUAGGAAGAGAUAAAAUUUUUGCAUCUCAGUACCUUCCAAAAUAAAACUCCAAGUAUUAUAUGGCACAAGAUUUGAUUAUUCUGGAGACCUCACUCCAUAUUUCAGUCAACACGAAUUUCAUGGUCCUUGGAUGUUUUUGGUCCCAAUACCUCAAAUGAGUCCAUUCUGAAAUCUAUAUUGCAGGUGCUUCUACCACUUCAGUCUGAGGGAAGCUCACCCUGCCAGUUCAUUAAAUCAAGGUUGAACUGCAAAGGGUUGCUUUGUCCCUUUGGAGCCCUUUCAAAUGUGAAAGCUGAGAGGCUGUGGAUAAAGAGGAGAAUUCUCUGUGGUGAAAAAGGAAGGCUUUAGAUGGAAGAAUCUGGCAGAUGGAAACUCAUCUGCAAAGCUCUAGUUCAGGUAAGAAUUCAGGGGCUACCUGUCCUUCAGAGGUCUACCCAUCACUACUCACAAGACAGAUCUCCUUUUCCAGUAAGAAUGAUGCACCAUUCCAAAGCCAAUGAUUGGGUUUCCCCAGCUUUACAGGGUCAUGAGAGAUUUGAAGUAACAUGAGCCUUUCUCUUCAUUCGUGUUUAUAGUACUGACAGGCAUUUCUCAAGGACAUUUGGAAUAAAAAGCCUAUAUGAAUGAUGAUUAACAUAUGGAAGAAAAAUAUGACUUUCUCAAAAGUGUCCCAAUGAACUAUGCUGAUGAAAAAAGAAAAGUAAUACUGAAAACAGAGCUCUUGAAAGCCUAUCUUCUCAGAAAGGAUUUGAUACAAUUUUGAGCCCUUAAAUAUUUAAUAUUUGUAGAAAUGCCAUGUUAACCUGAUUCUCUAAUGAAAAGGUACCUUAUUAAUUUAUAAUGGCAGCUGAGUGAAACAUUUUAUAACAGUGAUGCAUGUUACAGCCUUGCAAGGACUCCCUUCUGAAAUCAAGGUUUAAUUACAGGAAAUUAAAAAUUAAUUUCUAAACCAUUUACUCAAAUUUUCCUCUUUUCAUAAUCCUGAAAAUAUGGUUAUGCCACAUGUGACUUGCUAUAUGAGCACCAGGGUCACUUCAGAAUCAAAAUGGAGUUAUUAAGUGGACCAAAGUUUUGGUGCAGGUUUUAUUAUAAAAAUACCUUGAGAGAAACUAAAAGUGACUGAAGAAAUUCAGUCCCGUUUCUGGUUAUAAAACAUGACAAGCUUGUUUUAUUUGUGCUCCUUUAUCAAGAUUUUGGUUAAUAGAAAUAUUUACAAAAAGAGGUUGGAAUAAGAUUUAGACAUUCUACGUCUUAUUAAAUUCCAACAUCUUUGUGGAGUCGGGAGGCUCCUUACCUUAGAUAUCACAAGUAGGCUCUGGACUGCUGUGAUACACAGGUCUUCUGUAUGACACAAGUAGUUUCUGGUGUUUAACCAAGAGAUGUAAAACCCAUUCUCUGUAUCAGUUCAAAUCCCUUCUGAUCCACUGGCUUCUGCAAUGUGGAAAGGUGGGAUGCCGAAUAAAGAAAUGAAGAGUUGUUUACCUAAAGGGCUGUAUCCUAGGAGGGAAAGUAAAAGUUCAAGGAAUGAGGAAUAUAUUAGAACUAUAGAACUAUAUUAACUAUUUAAAACUGGAAAUCCAGAACCAUGGCAACUAUGUAGAACCUGAUCAGCAUGGUAGAUUUUAUUUUACAUUCCUGCCAUGACAAUGAUAUUUAAAUGUAAUUGCAAAUGUUAGCACAAAGAGAGACGCUUUGAUUUUUAUAGACAACUAGAAAUACUAGAAGAAUAUUUAAAAUAUUCUUGAUCAUGAAAACAUUAAUUCAGGCAAGGUAGGUGUGGGCAAUAUUCAUCAUGACCCUUCAUCUCUUCUCAUGAUUGGGCUUGACUGAUGGGGGAAUAGAAGUAAAUGAUGGUCAUGGUUCUUUCCACCUUGAUUGGUUACUGUCAUCCUUUAGGUUCUGGUGGGAGUGGGAAGGAAGGAAAUGGAGUGAUGGUAGAAUGGCAAUGGGAGAUUAUAGGAAAGGAGAAGAAAGGGGAGAGUGGAGGAAGAGAUGAGGGUUGAUUUGUAGCUGAGAAAGAGAGCAUCAGAAAGAAGGACCUGAAUGCCACCCAACUCUUCUCCCCAGACUUGAAUACCAACUCAGGAAAAGUCCCAGUUAAUCCAAGGGCAUUAACUCAGCUCAAUAGUGUGUAGCUUUUCAGAAUCUUGUACCAUUGGUCUUCAACAAAAACAUACAUAUAUAUAUAUAGUAAUAUUUGCUAAGCAUAACUUAAAAAACAUAUGACAAUUACUUCAUCUCCUUCCAAGGAGUGGGUAUAAAAUGAACUAGGUGACAUUUACUUACAUUUUUGUUUGUGUUUAGUUUUAAGACAGCCAAAAAGAAUAUGCACAUAUUUUCAUUAACACUAUGGUUCUGUGUAAUUUAAACCAUAAGCUGGUGCUGAUUAAUUUCUGCAACAAAGCAGCUUAUUAAAUAUACUGUAUCUAGUGUUGUAUAAAAAUUAAUAAAACAAACUUA